AUCUGGCAAUUUCACGGAUGAGACAAGCCCGUCCGGUGGAGACCUUCGAUCUUGCCUCUAGAACAUGGGCCGAGUUGGCGAGCGCUUGGCAUUUACGCAAUAGAACACGACAGUGAGAUACUGAAAAAAGCAGCUGAAUGCGACUUGAGAGAAAGCACAGGUGAUUUGAGAAGACAGCUGACCAUUUCCCCACUAGAAAUUGCUUAGCGCUCAAUCGAAACAGCUGAUUUCUCUAUGACAGUCGCCAUAUUUCUGUACAUUGUUGCAAACCUAAAGUCACUCCGUCAGCAAUCUUUGCUAACUGGACUGUGACAGAAAGGACUGGACAGGACAUUAGCACUGCAGAACAAGUUUCAGAUAUGCAGAACAGUGACCAACGAAUUUUAGUCACAAUUGCUGGUCUAAACCGUUGAUGUUGUGACGUCACAAGAGCAGAUGAGAAUAGACUCAGAAUAUGCAAGUAAACUGAAAUAAGCUUUUUGAAAAUGAUUUUGAUUAUUAACUUUCAAAUUUACUGAUUGAACUGACAGCAAGAAGCAGUCAUGUGUCUCAACAGGUCACACAUCUCCUGCAAUCUCAGACAUGUGGAUGGCACAUUCAGAGCCAUUACCUCACCAUUAUGACUUGUUUUAAUUUACUACAAAGUGCAGCUGUCACUGUAGAUGCAUCUACUUGGACUGUCUGAGAAAGUCUAAUAACUUCUUAAUCUGGGUCACAUGCUCAGGGUGGCUCCAUAAUUAUGCCCAUGUCUGUACCUUUGUACUAUAACUUUACACAACCAACUAAUUCCUAAAAUCAAAUAAGACGAAAUACUUUAUUGUGAGUUUGCUCUAAUGCUAUUUUGUUCGAGCUGUUGACACUAAUUCUGUAUUUUUCAUUAAUUAAUAGGUGAAACAUGAAGUAGAGAGCAUUAGAGAAACUUCAGCCAACAAAGUCAGCUUGAUAAUUGUUUGAAUGUCUAAUAAUUAAAACAUGUUGCUACGGCAAGACAUAUCUAUACGAGCAUCUCUCAGUACAAAUGCAGGAAGAGUCAUUGAUCUCAAAGUGUUGUGUUUUGAAAAAAUUCUAAAAAUAACUGGAAAUGAAACACCUACACUGCUCGUGUUGGAACACUGUCAAGAUAUUUCAUGUGCCAGGCUUGUUGAUAUUUUUGAACAACUUAAGAUGUAUUCAGACUGGAAGCGAUCUGUCGACUUAAGGAGCAAGCAGAAGAGAGACUUGGAAAAAAGUCUUGGCGUUCUGCAAAUUCUGAUGACAGACUUGAAAGUGAGAGUGCAGAACCACAACUGUACCGUCCAGUGUCUAUGCCUGUUGAGAAUGACAGUGACAAAGAUCAGAUGGUGGUUUUUGGAAACCGAUCAAAAUUGGUUUGCACAGCUAGUGCACAAUCAGAAGAGAGACGUGGGAAAGAGGAUACUGCUGGAAGUCUAUCCACUGACGAUGCACUAGGAACACCGCACUCACACAUAAACAAUUUAUAUGAUCCUGCAGCCAGAGAAUUUUGGACUAGCAUUGAAGUUGGAACAACGGAGGAAAAGCUGUGGACUGCAUUUAUAGCAGCACUAAAAGACAAAUUUAGGGUUCGCUCUAAUUCUACUGUAGAAAAGGGUCUCUUUCACAUCCUUGUCAACGAUCUAAGAACCAACCCGACCAGUUUUUGUGAGUUGUGUCAUUUGUCAAUCGACAAUGUUAAUGUUGCAAUCAACCUGCUGUUACACAUUUUAGCCAAAAGAAAGGACCCCAGUGUCAAAGUAACAAUGGCAGCAUUUACUCGUUUGAUAAAAUGGUUCGGUCCGGCUACAACAGAUGAGCAUGGAUUUGUGCACAAGUUUGAAGAUUUGCUAUUUGGUUCACGUCGCAACCCAUACAAGGCAAGUUGGUUUGCUGGCUACAUGGACCAGUCAGAAGCUUCGUCUUUGCUACAGAAAGAAGCAGAGGGAACAUUUCUGGUUCGAUUCAGUUCUACACUGAUUGAUGAAGGAGGGUUUGCACUAAAUCUUUCUCUUGGCAACAAACAAUCAGAAAGCUUUCACAUACAGUCACAGUCACACCCCAAGGGACAAAAUUUAUGGUUAGACGCAGGAGACUACAUUGAUGAAAAAUUUUCAUCACUAGUAGAGCUCAUUGAAGCACUACAAACAAAACCCAAUUGCCUCUGAGUAUCCCGUGCUGGUAAGGCCUUGUCUGGGCUUGCCUUUUAGUUUAGAGACAGCUCCUUAUACGAAAUCAAGUAGGCAUAAGUGAGUAGUUUCUGAUGCAGACAGUUUGAAUACUUUACUGAUAUAUUGCUAUACAGCGAAUGUAAGCAAAUUGUGUGAGACUUUUAUAAUACAAAAUCAAAGUCUGGACUAUGAGUAUAAUACUAUGAGUUACU